CAGUCACUAUAACCUCUCACAUGAAUUCUUCCUAUUUGUCAACAAACAAGUGAACUGUCUGUUAAUUGACUACACCAAAAGCCAACAUGUCAGGAUUGACGUUUGAACCAGGAUCUGAGCAGCUCGUUGUACUUAAAGCUACAGGAGAGUAUGACAGGUUUAAGGACUUGCUACGGUCAAGGCUUUAUGAAUGCGGUUGGGUUGACGAAAUCUACAUGCUGUGUCGUCAGGCAACACGAAAUUCACACAAGAAUAUUAAUGAACUAUAUGAAGAAGUUGGAAAAGAAGGCAGAGGUCUAGUUCCUGCGUCUGUCAAAUUGGAGCUUUUACACAGAGUAAAACAGACUAUUUUGGAAAAAUCUGGCUAUUUCGACGAAGACCCAGAGUAAUAAUUUUUAACGCCUGAUGAAAUUAUUGUAAUUUAUUUGUAUUUUACUUUAUAAAAAGGUCUGUUUAUUUGAUUUAUGUAUUACUUUCUUUAAAUUUGAGAUAUCAGUUUAAAUCAACUAAUCAAUAAAAUGAGGUUUUAUUUUUGA